CGGAUGCAGAGAAAACUCUCAUCAUCACUGGUCACCCAGAGCUUCGGGUCCAGCACACACUCUCGAACAUGGUUGCAUGUCUUUUUUGGUAUGCCAAUGGAACUUGAUCAUGUCACCCUACUACGGCUGGGAACUUUUGAGACGAAGUAUGACGGCACAAAAUACGGUGAAGAAUACGACUCUAUUCAAAGGCGAUGGCAUGCUCGGGCGCACACUCAUGCUCACACCACUUUCUUUCUUGACAAAUGGAAACUGCCAUUCAGCAACAAGCGCAAGCGCCAGGCGCGAUCCAUCCAGCCAUCUGGGUCAUCCACUUACAUGGGUUCUUUUCCUCCAUCUACACUGCAUACAUACACUGAUGCCAUGCGCCCCAUGUUCAUCAGCAGCACAGGGUGUAGUGCCCUAUUGGCAUGUUGUUCGUGUUACACAAGAAAGGGUGAUCAUUGCAACCCAACUCCCUCGGUUGAGUUCGCCGAGACCGGGCGUAACACUGGAGAAGGGGACAAAAAAAGAUGGAAAGAAAAAGAGAGAGGAAAUGGGAUGGCGUUCCAUACGAUCCACGUCGGCCGGAAAGCAACCCAAAAGAUGCCGCCUGUGGAAAACCCAGUGGCUCGGAUACGCCUUGUCCUGUUGGACCGUUGUUAG